CCCCCUGAGGCCAGACAAGGCAGCCCAGUUAGGGGAUCCAUAGAUAGGUAACAGAAUUCAGAAUAGCUCCUGCACCAGCAUGGAUGAAGACCAACCUGCACAUCUGUUAUAUAUGGGGCUGGGUAGGUCCAGCCCAUACUAGCUGUUUGGUUGGUGGUUCAGUCUCUGGGAGCCCCCAAGGGUUCAGAUUAGUUGAUGGAAUUUGGAUUCUAACUGCCAGAUAUGUUCUAGAAUUAUCUUUUGCAAAUUGCCACAAAUAUUUUUAUGUAUUUGAUAGGAUAUGCAUUAUGCCAUGCUGUGUAACACAUAAACACAGCAUGCUUUUGUUUUUCAGACUUGACGCCUUUCUUUACUAAAGUUAAACAGUUUUGUAGGGCUGUAGUUUUUUUUGUUGUUGUUUUGUUUUUUAAUAAUUCAAUUUUAUGUGUAUGGGUGUUUGGUGUUUGGUGUGCAAAGAUGUAAAUCCCCUGGAACUACUUACAGAUAGUUACAGGCCGCCAUGUGUGUGCUGGGAACUGAAUCCAGACCCUCUGGAAAAGUAACCAGUGCUCUUCAGCUGCUGAGCCAUGUCCAGCCCCGGGUCUCAUUAUGCUGCCUUGACUGUCCUGGAACUUCCUAUGUAUUAGACCAGGCUGGGCUUGAACUCACAGUUCCGCUUGCCUCUGCCAUCCCAUUGCUGAAACUUAAGUCCUGUACCACUAUGUCUGGCAAAUUAGACAGUUUUCAUACAGCUUUUAAACAUUUGUUGUGGAUUGUUCUAUGGUUCUUAUUGCCAUCAUGAAUUGUAUCUUUAUAUCUCUUCAUUAGUUAUUUUUUUUUUUCUUUUUUUCAGAGUUGGGGACUGAACCCAGGGCCUUGCGCUUGUUAGGCAAGCGCUCUACCACUGAGCUAAAUCCCCAGCCCCAUUAGUUAUUGUUAAAAGUAUGAACACUAUUGAUUUUGAUGUUUUAUCUUCUACAUGACAACUUAACUUAGUUUAUUCAAUUGAGUUUUUAAAUUGUCAUGUUGAGUCUACCCUAUUAUUUUUGCCCUUUAAGAUUUUUACGCCAAGUGUUUUCCUCUCUGUGCCAGUUUUGAAAGUUUCCAAAGCGGCCACUGUCGGGGCUAACACUGUCUGUCAGAUGCUCUCCUUGUCUUCCCUUACUGUAAAGCAGCUGUGCUGCCCUUGAUUAUGAUGCCACUCUCUGCGAGCAGUAUAGUCUAUCUUUUUCUGUAAGCUCAUUCAAAUUUUACCAGAAACGAUAAGCUUAUCAAAAAAUGUUUUAUAAGAAAGUUGCGUUUGUGGGGCUUGUUUGAGAUAGGGUCUAGUCAUAUUGCCCAAGUUAGCUUUAAACUCAAAAUCCUCUUCCCUCGGGUUUCUUAGUGCGGGGAAUAAAGGUGUGUGUUACCACAGCCAAUUUAAAUGCAUUUUAACACAUUGGAUUUGACUUCAGAAAUAUUCUGACUUACAUUUUGUGAAGAUCAUUCAUUUCACUUUGGAUUUAGAAGUCUUAGGAAAAACCAUGUUCUUAAAUCAGUCUUUAAAAGAGUUACUUAAUACAGAUUUCCUUUAUGUGUAUGUUAUGUUUUCUUCAGAAACAUUUUUAUAUGUAUGACCGUUCACCUACAUUUAUGUGGUGUGCUUGCCUUGUGCCCAUGGGGGUCCCUAGAGUUGGGACUGUGGGUGCUGGGAACGGGCAGCCAGUGUGCUAGGAAGGAGUUUGGUCAGUUCUUUAUAUGAUGCCUAGGAACUUAAAAUCAGUUCAUACCUCUUACGAUAGCUAACUUAUUCUUAAAUUAUAAAUAUUGCUAAGUAAAAUCUUUGCCGGCUUUCAAGUGUCAGUUAAAUAGUAUCAGGAAAAUGUACAUUGUUGUGCAACAGAUCCAGAACUUCUUCAUCUUGGAAAGUCAGAAGUACUCUAUUGAAGAACUCUACAUUGUGCGUGUUGACCUUUUGUUUCUUAGAUAUAUUCUCUUUAUGUAGCUCAAAUGAGUGGAAUCAAAUAGUGAUUAUCUUACUUCAGUUCAUCAGUUGUCAGGGUUUUUCCGUGUUGAGUGGGAUAGUGUUUCCUUUCUAAGGUUGAGGGCACUACAUUGUACGUAUAAAUCACAGGUUGUCUCCAUGUUUAUCAGUUGGGCAUUUGUGUUGUUUUUAACCUCUUGGCUGUGCUCUGUUGCUUUGUUUUGUUUUUACAUUUAAUUUCACAUGUAGGCUUGCGGGGAAGGAGAGAGGCUUAAUUUGGUAUUUCCAAAUAGUUAACACGUUGGUUUUUACUUUAUGCUCGCAUUGUUUGAAGUGUUGUCUUUCAUGUUUGAACAGUAGGAUAAUACCUCAGAAUAUAUCUCCUGUGGGUUCAUCUUUGUGUGUACCCAUUUGUAUAUGUUAAAGACCCAUGCACUAAAUGCUUAGGGGCUAGUAAAACAGUAUGACAACCUGUGAUCCGAGUGCUGAGGAAUGGAGACCACUGGAGGAUCUCAGGCUAGCUGAGCCAGGUUAGAAGAGGGGCUUGCCUUAAAAGAUGAGAUGCUUCAGAUUUACCUAUAGCCUACAGAUUGAUUUAUACUUCGAGAAAUGUGCACAUGUUCACACAUACAUGUUCUGUGUAUCUGUACACAGAAAAAUUAUGUACACAAAUGAGUUUUAUAUGUUCCUUGAUAAAUAGAAAAUGUCUGUUAAUGCCUUAUGGUUGACAAACUGAUUGUGAUUUUCAUGUAAUCCAGGUGUGUGUGUGUUUUCUUGUAAUCGGAGUGUGUGCUUGUUGGUUUGCUGUCCUAGGAAUUAAAUCUAAGAUCUGGUGCAUAUUAAGUACUCUUCACUGGGUUUCCAUCUGCUUUUGUUUAUUUGUCUUGUUUGCUUAGUUUUGUUUUGUUCAUUUUUUUUUGUUUUUUUGUUUUUUGUUUUUUGUUUUUUUUGUUUUGUUUUUUGUUUUGUUUUUGUUUUUGGUUGGGAGGGGCGAGGUCUUUAAUACUAGCCCAAACUAGCCUCAACUUCUAGGAUUGAUCACAAGCAUGUAGAAACAUGCCUUUCUCGUGGAGUCCCCUUUCGUUAGAUAUUUUUUUCUUCCUGUGCAGGCCCGACUUCUUUCCUUCCUCCUCCUCCUCCACUAUAGAUUCACGUAGAACAAACAAAGCUUUUAUUAAGAAGAGCUGCAAGCACUUGUAGUGUCCUUUUACGUGGUCAUUAGUUUCAUCUAGAUUGGCGAUUCUCAACCUUUCUAAUGCCGUGACCACCUAUAAUACUGUACUUCAUGUUGUGAUUAACCUUAGCCAUCGGAUUAGUUAGUUGCUAAUUCACAACUGUAAUUUUGCUACUGAUAUAGAUCUUAAUGUAAAUAUCUGCUGUGCGACCCCGUUGGGCUUGCAGCCCACAAGGUGGGAACUGUUGAUGAUUGACUGUGGACCUACUUAAUGUAAGGUAGACAGAGUGAAUAUUUUGUAGUUCUCUGGUCUCUUCUUUUUUUUUUUUUCUUUUUUUCGGAGCUGGGGACCGAACCCAGGGCCUUGCAGUUGCUAGGCAAGCGCUCUACCACUGAGCUAAAUCCCCAACCCCUUAAGUUUUUUUCUUUUCAGUCUUUUGUUUGUUUGGUUUUUUUUCCAGAGCUGAGGAUCGAACCCAGGGCCUUGCGCUUGCUAGGCACAAGCACUCUACCACUGAGCUAAAUCCCCAACCCCCUUUUCAGUCUUUUUAUUUUAAAGUAUUCCAUUUUUUCUACUCAUGUUAAAUAUUGAAUUUAAAGCCAAUAUUCAAUUAAAUAUUGAAUUUAAAUGCUAGAUAAGCACUCUUAACACUGAACUCUGCAGCCCUUCUGUAUAUAUUUCAGAUAAAUUAAGUGGUUUAAAACUUACUCUUCGUAGAAUACUGAGACUAGAACUUCUCUAAGAUCUAAAAUGGAUAUGCUUUGUUCUGUUUCAGGGAUUAGGACAACAUCCUUCAAAGAAAACCUUUUAAAAGUUCCUACCAGAAAUAGAACAUUGUUGGUAGUGUUCAAUUUUAUGUUGUUGUAAUCUUAAAGGUCUAUUAGCUUUUUUGUUAGGUUACAUAGUAAAUGUUGACAGAAAGCUUAAACAGUAGAGUAAAAUAGAGAAUAAUAGUUGAAAGUUUUCUUAUAUACCAAGUAUGUUUUAAAGCUUCAUAUUCUGCCUUUUCCUCUAAAUUUUCUUAUUUUGUUUUUUCUUUAAGAUUUAUUUAUUACAUAUACUGUAGUUGUCUUCAGACACACCAGAAGAGGGCAUCAGAUCCCAUUACAGAUGGUUGUGAGCCACCAUGUGGUUGCUGGGAAUUGAACUCAGGACCUCUGGAAGAGCAGUCAGUGCUCUUAACCACUGAGUCAUCUCUCCAGCCCUCCUCUACAUUUUCUUACAGGUAUAUAAAUAACAUUUAUGGAAUCAAAGUUUGGUUUUGCAUAAAUGGAGAUCUUUAAAAAACAUCUUACAGAAUUUACAUGUGAAAAAUUGUGUGUGUGUGUGUGUGUGUGUGUGUGUGUGUGUAUGUGUAUUUGUGUAUUUUCUCUGCUUUUAUGUGGGUUCCAGGGAUCAAACUUAGAUCUGGUUUGCAUGGCCAGCCAGCACCUUUCUACUACAGAGCAUCUUGUUGGCCCAUGGGUCUGUUUUGUAGCUGUCACUUUAUUAUUUAUGUCAACACAAAAUUUUUAAACUGUAAUUGUUUGGAGAGAAUUCCAUUGAUUGAUCACUUCUCUGCAUAUUUAGUAGUAAGCCAAAAGCAUAGUUAGUGCUUAGUAAGUCCUAGGUGGAGUUUUGAUUGUUUUAUGUAUAUUCCAUAAUGGUAGGGCUUAUCAUUCAAUUUUAUAGCUGGAAAAAAGAUCAAGACAUGGAAGUGAUCUUAGGAUUCUGGAGGUUAGAGUAGAUGGUAGAAUUGAUAUAUGUACAGUAUUCACUAAAAUUGACUUUCUUACUGACUUUGUUCUAUUGCCUCUUUCCUGUGAAUUGCUUAAAAAGUGGGUUUUUUGUAUAAAUUGCAGAAUCCAGCAAAUAUUGUUUCCCAUCUAUUUCUCUUUUCUAAAUUUAUUUAAUGCCGUUACUUUACUGAAUUUGUAUACUCCCAAUAAAAUGUAUGUGUACUAUUUAAGUGGCUGUGAUAUCACAGACUAAGGGUAUGCAUGAGUUCUAUAAUUAGGAGUCCACCAAAUGUUAGUUAUUUGGUUUAGACAAGAUUAUAUUCUGGAUUUACUAGGUCUUUAGAACUUAAAUGGAAUAUAUAUCUUAACUUCCUUUAGAAUUUUAAAUUUUUAAUAAUGCACCAUAUUGUUAAUUUUCUGUAGUUAAUAAAUUAACAAACUAUAUUUUUAUGACUUUUUUACUAUAGACUUAGCAAAUAAGGCUAGGGUUUCAGAUGAAAUGGCCAAGUAUACAAACCAAAGAUGUCAACAUGAUACUUUCUUUAAAAUUGUUUAAAACCACAUUUAUGUGUGUAUGUAUUUUGUAGGUGCGUGGUUUUCCGUGGCUCAUGACACUUGUGGGAUUCAAUUCUUUCCUUCCACUAUGUAGUUCUAGGGAACUAACUCAAGUUGUUAGACUUAGUAAUAACUUGUUAGGCUUGGCAGUAAGUGAGGCAUAUUGCUGAAUAUGCUGUUUCAUAACCUCAGACCCUUUAACUUGGAGUCCUCACUUUGUGGACUCUUCUCACUUUCACUUUAGUCUGCUCCACACAACUACAUACAGUACAGUUCAAGAUCUCCUUCACCACUCAUUUUAGCUGUCUUUCUCCAGGAGUACCUGCAUUCUCUUGGUACCGUGCUGUAAUGUAUCCCUAGUAAAUGUAAAUGUAUCCCUAGUGCUGCCUUGGUACAGGAAGUUCCUACCUUAUCCUUAGCCAGGCUCUCUUGUCUUUUACACCAAGCCCUAAAUACAGACUUGGUACUGUAGCACCUUUGUAUUUGCAUGAGAAUGUCACUUUUGUUAUUCCCAGGGCCCAGAACAGCCUUGCCUAUGUGGGAGGGCAGUGUUGAGGUUCGUAUGUAUGCCUCAGUGAAGUACGUACUAGGGUCCUGCUGUUCUCAGUACCAUAACAGAAGUGUAGGUGUUGGGCUUGAGUUCCGUCUCAUCUGUGUGUCUCAGUCUAUCCUGCUUUGCUUACCUGUGUCUCUGUGUCCCACUAGUGUGCCUGGUGUCCAUGGAGACUGGAGCAUGACAGAUCCCUUGGAAUGGGACUGAAAGUUGUGAGCUGCCAUGUGGGUGUAGGGCAUUGAAUGAACCGAGAUCCUCUAGAAGAAGCUAGAACUCUUAACCACUGAGGCUCCCACAGAACUUUUUAUGAUGAUUUUAAUUAAAUGAUAUAAGUAAAGCAGUCAGAUUCUAAUAUCUUUAAAAUCUGAUACUUUACAAAUAUUGUACUUAAUGUUGCAUUUACUUUUGAAAUAACCCAUUGUCUUUGCAUUUUGUUUCCUAGCAUUAUUUUCCCUUGAUUUAUAAUUUGAAAUUGAGCUAGCAUCUUAGGUCCUUCUUCUGUACUUCCUGACUUGAGGCAGAUUAUUUAAUCUUGUUUACUUCGUGUUCAAUCUAAUGAACGCUUUAUUUUUAACAAGGUCUCUUUACAUUGGAAGUUUCGUUUUUUAACUUUUCCCUUUUCUGUUGAAGAGUUUUCACAUCACCUGGAUAUAUAGGUAUAUAAAAUAGUUUUGUAUACAGAUAAGACAUGUGUUCAUACACCAUUUUUUAAAGAUGAAGGCUAAUUUACAUACUAGUGGGGUGGAUCUGCUUAUUUUUACAAAAGGGAUUGAGUCUGGCUGAAUAUUUGAUAUUGUAGGACAUGGUACUUUUCAACACUAUAGAUCCUAUGGAUACAUUGGUCUAGUAUAGUCAUCAGUGCUGGGAGGCUGCUUUCUGUACAUGAAGAGCACAGAAUGGCAAAAAUAUGUUUAGGGCCACCUCAGAAAUGUUUGAAAAUCAACAUCAUUAAUGUUUUUAUACGAUAGCCAUCGGCAAUUCAUACAGCAAUUUAAAAAAUCAAAUAUUAUAUUGCAGUAUUACUUAAAAGAUACUAAUUCAAUAUAUGAUGAAGAAUGAUGGUAGGAAAAUAUUACACGUUUACUUUUCAUAAGUUCAGAAAACUGUAUGUACAGUAAAAACUUUAAUUGAAAACAUACACAGUAAUCUUGAAUCAUUGUUGCUCUAAGUUUUAUUUUCUCUUCAGAAUCAAAGGCUGCAGUGAAGUUACAUAGGUAACAUAGUUGAUAAAAGCUGUCAGAAACACAUUUGAUUCAUUCUGAAUUUGUUUUAAAAUUUUUGUUGUGCAUUUAGAAGCUUGUUCUUUUGAGACGGCAUCUUUACCGUGUAACUGGCUGGCUUGGCACUAACUGGCUCCGAGACCAGGCUGGUCUUAGAUAUUUAACAACGUUCUACUGGAUCACCACCUAAGUGGUGCUUUUAGCGGUACCAGCAUGCCUGGUUUUUUUCUUUUUUCUGGAUUUUGAUUGUUCAGAAACUGUUCAGUAUCGCCUUUUUUUUCUAUCCAGAUACUCAUUUACAUGAUCUGGGGGUGGGGUGGGGAGUGUGAUUCAUAGAUUAAGGAGGUGGGCUUUAAAGAAUGAAGAUAUUUUACAUACAUGAUUUAAUAUAUGGUUUCACAAUUUACUUGCUAACUCGUUUUCAACUUAAUCCAUCAAAUGAAAUUCUGGAAUGACAUUUGGAUUAUUCUUUUUUUUUUUUUUUUUUGACCAGGAACAAUUCUUUUUACCUUUUUAAGGUUGUGUUCAACUAUUUUUUCUCAGCCCCCAGUAGUUUUGUCAACUAACUAUGGAAAUCCCCAUUUGGGAGAGGUUGCUGUAUAACACUUGAGAUGCCAUAGUUGAUUCGAAUGUUUUAUUUACUUAUGUUUGUUUAUGGGUAUAUGAUGUGUGCGUGCAUUCCUGCAUGGUGUGGGUGUAGAUAUUAGGAGAUAACUUUUGAGAAGUUGGUUCUCCCUGUCGCUAUAACUUAUAGGGGUAGAACACAAGUCUGAUGUCUUACCCAGCCAGUCACCUCACCAGAACCAAUGAGGACAUUUUCUUUUUACUUUAAUUUUUAACACUUACUUUAUUUAGGUGUUUGUGUGUAUGUGUCUGUGUGUUCAUAUAUACAUGGCAGGUGUCCACAGAGGCUUAGAGAUGCAUGUCAGAUCCCCUGGAGCUGGCAUUCCAGGCAUAUUUGUCAGCUACCCAAUGCUGGUGCUGAGAUCUGAACUCUAUAGUCCCAUGAUUGAGCAAUAAACACUUGCAGCCACUGAGCCAUUUUUCUAGCUCCUAAUUAAAAAAAAAUAAAAAUAAAAAGUAUACACCAUCCUUUAUUUUUGUUUUCUCAGCUAGGAGAGAAAAACCCCUAUGUGAAAAUUAGCUUUUAUACCUGCUGCCCUCUCUCUCCUGGACAGAUGAAGAGCUAUAUGGAAAGCUUAGUCAUGAUUACUCCAAGACACAGCUCUUGCCCUGUGGUCUUUGCCACCUACCAAGCUAUAACUAUUUUAUUGAUAUUAAUGUAAUUAAUAUCUUUGAAUAAUGUAAUUAAUAUCUUUGAAAUUAGUUAUAUAAAUGAUCUAACAGUUUUUAAACUUCCUUUCUCACAGUGUUGAUUAAUGAUACUAGUCUUGGUUACUGUUCUGUUGCUGUGAAGAGACACCAUGACCAAGGCAAUUCUUAUAAGAGAAAACAUGUAAUCGUGGGCUUGCUGACUGAUUCAGAGGUUUAGUCCAUCAUCAAGGCAGGCAGUCAGGCAGCAUGCAUGGUGCUGGAGCAGUAGCUGAAAGCUGUAUUCUGAUUGAGAGCUCUGGCUGCUUUUCCAAUAGAUCUGGGCUUGGUUCUUAGAAUUUACUUGGUCUGGUAUUCUUGAGCUCGUGGCACACGUGUGUACAGACAUACAUACAUGCAGGCAAAAUACUCACACACUCGAACAAAUCAUUUUCUUAAAAAUAUAGGCCGGUAGUUUAGAAGAGUGAUCAUUGAGACGUUGCUCACUGAUGGGGAAGUAGAAACACUAAAGCUGAGUUUUCUUCAUGUGACAACUCAGUAGUGGUCCCUCAAGGGGAUAAUGCCUCUUUUUGUAGUUUCUAGCCAAGCUCUACUAGAGACAAUUUAAUAUGUAAUAUGUUUCUCAAUACAUUAGAUUGUGAGUUUGAAAAGAAGAGUCUCAGUACUGAAGUAAUUGUUUGCAGGUCAACCAUUCAAAGUUUGUUAAGGUAAAUUAGGGUAGAAUUAGCAUAAUGGUAACAUAUUUUGGCACCACACUAAUUGGACAUUAAUAUCAGGGAACCUAGGCCAGCAAGGAAUCAGAAGAAGAGAGCUAGUGACAGCAAAAGGAGUCCCUGAGCAAUUGAGAUUUUUUUUUUUACAUCUCAAUUCUUCACGCAUCCGGCUUUAAGUUUUUUUUUUCCUUAGAAUUUAAGUGUAUAUUCACAGGUUACUUCCAACUUAUGUAUGUGGGUAAGACGUGUGUGUGUCUGAUUUUUCUUAGUGGUUGCUUUAGAGCAGGAAGUAGUGCAUUACUAGCUAGAAUAAAAGUACUGUACCAUCAGUUGAUUUAGCUUUUUUAAAACAAACCAUUGAAAUAAUUUCUGUUGUGCCUGUAAGUUCUUAUGAAGAUCUUGUACAGUACUAAUAAAUUUGAAAAGUGGAUGAAACUUAGAAAUAAAAAAAUAUUUUGUCAGGUUUUUUUUAGAUUUAUUUAUUCAUUUAUUAUAUACAAGUACACUGUCGCUUACAGAUGGUUGUGAGUCACCAUGUGGUUGCUGGGAUUUGAACUCAGGACCUCUGGAAGAGCAGUCAGUGCUCUUAACCACUGAGCCACCUCUCCAGCCCUUGCCAGUUUUAUAUAUUGAUAGAGCCUAUUGUGUGAAUACUAGAAAAAUAAUGAAUUCAUGGUGUGACUUACCUGUCAUGAGGAAAGGUAAUGAAUAGCAAGUGUCAGCUGACAAAGGCAUUAUUUCAGACUAGCCGCGUUAUUUACUUUGCUUACUCUGUUGCUUAAGUUUAGAUAAGGCUGCUUAAAUCAUAUUCUGUGUGCAGGACACAUCUAGUUUGAAAUAUAUGAUAUUUAAAUAGACUAGUUCUCUUCUGUGCUGCUCUAAGUUGAGUUUUAUGUUUCAUUAGUUGGAUUUGGGAAGAAUAGAAAGGAACUGUAAUGAGAAAAAAUGAUGGAUAUUUUAGACAGAUGGUAAACUUGGCCAGGAAUCUUGAUGGAGUUCAUGGAGACUAUGAUUUUAAAAAAUCAUUCUUUAUCUAGUUUGUAGUAUGGACCUUAAAACCUGGUAAGUACUCAGUAAAUGUAUAACUGCAUGUUCAAACUGUUAUUGAUGAUCUUUAAAAAGAAAACUAGACUUUAGGCCAGUCAGGCUUACAAAGUGAGACCUGGCUUAUGUUAGAAAAUGGGUAGAAAUUACAUAGUGCUCUGUGUUGUUAAAGCUCUUUCAGUACUGGGACCAGUAGUGAUACCAUGCACUCUGGGAGGAAAGUGAAUUAUCCCAGCCACAUAAUGUUUUAUAUGCCAGCCUAUAUGCCACUGCUCUACAAGACUGUCUCAAAAUACUAAAACAGCAACAGAAGACUCAAGCACUGUUUAAUGUGGCCCAUUCUUCCUCUUAGUGUACAUGGAAAGAUUACAUUAAAAUUUCUUCUUUGCAAGUAGAUAAUUUGGCUGUGUAUGGUGGUGGAUGCCAGUAAGCCCAGCAUUGAGAAGCUGAAUUCUAGAUUAGACUGGGCUACUUAAGUUCUCUGUUAUCCUGAACUACACAGUGAGACUUUGUUUCAAAAAACAAACAAAAAUCUCCACAAUAAUUAGAAGGUUAAUCAGAAGACAUGAGGUAAUACAUUUAGCCAUAUCUUACUUAAUAAGACCACACACAAAUGGUUCGUGGAGGCUCUGGGACUUUAGUAUAUUGAAUUCUUUCAGACAUCUAUUUAUUCACAGUAGACUUCAAGUUAAGAAAGCACCAGCACCAAACCUUGGAUGUAAUUUGAAUUUUAACAGAAGUAGAUUAUAUUUUUAUAGGUCAGAUAUUUUAUACCAUUCUUUUCUCCAGAUGCAGAGAUUUUGAUAGACUUUGCAUUGUAGCAUUUUAAACAGUAGUUAAUUGAAGUUAAUAUAGCAAGAAUAACUUUUUUAAAGGGAAGUUCAAGAUAAGGUGUAACUUCUGAGCUUUUAGUAUAAGCCAAGAUACUUUUAUGAAUAAUGCUAAUUUCAGAUCUAAAAUUUGCCAUAGAGUUGUGUUAGAAAUACUUUGUAUUUGUAGAGAAACAAUAUCACUCUCUAGGCUUAAUACAGAAACAUCUUUAUACAUAUCUCUUUUGAAAGUUAUUAUAUGGUUAUAUUCUGGCAUAUACAGAGAAUAUAUACUAAGGGCUAUUAAAUAUAGUAUGAGCUGUUAUGGAUAAUAUAGAUGCCUUUUAGUAGUGGACAGAAAAUGUUAGUGUUUUUAUUGGAAAUUAGAACAAUUGUCAAAAAUAGAUUUUACAUGUGCUAGUUGGAACAUAUGUUGUAGACUAUUACUUAUAAACAGGUUGUUUGACAUAUAGUUUGCAUACACAGUCUGGUGUAGAUGGAGAACUGGGGCCAUUGUACUCCAGUCACUUAUAUAAAAUUUAUAUAGGGAUAGAACUUGUGCAGCUACCUGUGCAUGGUCCAAAAGGUUAGGAGAAGCUUCAGUAGGAAAAUGUGACUGAAUGCUAGCUUGGACAAUUCAGCUGUGGAGGAAAGAUGCCAAGGUUCUGUGAUGUCCUUCAAGAUUUGGACUCAUUAUGUGCAUUGUCUUUCUCCAGACCUAGAAAAAAAAACUACCCAUGAUUCAUUCAGCAAGUGAUGAGUCUUCUCUUUUCCUUAGACAAAAUCUGAUGAUCCCUCAGAUCAUUCCUUCCAAUUAGACUUUAUUUUGUCCCCCCCUUCUGCCUACUUAGAUCAUCUUCAGAUUGCUUAGGUACAUAUUGUAGGCUUGUCAUGUAAAAGGUUGUGCAGGUACCAUGUUUGUCCUGUUUCUGUUUUGGAAUCCACGGUGCAGAACCUGUAGAAACGGACAACAUGCACAGCAUGUUUCCAUUUGUGUAAAGACAUUCUUACACUAAGAUGUGUAUGGAAAUGGAGAUACUCGAUUGGUUGCACCUCUGAAGGAUGAUAAGAGGUUUACUUUUAUCUGCUUUUUAGUGCUAUUUUUGUGGUGCUGACAAAACUCAGGCUCUUGUGUAUGCAUGGUCAGUGUCCUAUCACUGAGCUGCAUCUUCAGUCCUGUGAUGUAUGUAUUCUGUUGUAUGUUGUUAGUAUUUUCCAUGCAUAUAUAUUAAUUUAUAUGGAUUGGCUAUAGCUCGUAGAAGAGAAAAUAACUUAAUAGUAAUUGAAAGAAUAUUACUGUGAUAAAUUUGACAUAUAUCUAGACUCGAAUCAUUUUAAGUCUUUAUGAUUUUUCACUUAUGCUUGGCUGGGCUAUUAUAUAAUUGGUAUUUUGUAUGUCUCUAAACUGACAUACACAAUGUAGUUGAUAAUGUACGGCAUUAUCUGCUAAUGUAGAGAGAAAACUCAAAUACAUUUUGAGAAGUGAAUGGUUACUUUCCUUAGUCUGUUUUUCUGUGGGUUGCAUCUUUAUAGUGUAUUUCUUUUGUUUGAAAAUGUGGAUUUUGAAAUCUCAUCAGGUUUGAUUGCCACCACCAAAAGUAAAUAAACAAAUAAAAUUUAGGGAAACACACCAAUAUUCAAAAUGGUGUUCUGGCUAAUUACCACAUAAUUUGUGUAUACUCUCUGUCUUAGCUGCUUUCUUUUCUAGUUAAGCAAACCAAUUCUGAGCCUAGAUGCCAAACUUUAUAGAGCAUUUGAAUUUUACUUUAGUAAAUGUUUUAAAGGCUUGUUCUAUAUUUCUUUUAUGUAUUGAUUUUUAGUUGUUUGUGUAUCUUGUCAUGUUAAUUACUUUAAUAUCUUUUCCACUGGGGGGUGGUAUUUUUUCAUUGAAAUCUUUUCUGGACAACUGAUAUGGGAUUUUUCCCCUCUGUAAAAUGAAGUUGAAUUGUAUUAAAAAUGAUGAAUUUUAAGGUAGAUGUGUAUGCAUCUCCUUUCAUAGUAUUUUGCUUGCUUUAACUCUGAGUUUAUAUUAGCAAGAUGGCUUAGAAAGGAAGGUUAAUGGGAAAAUAAAUAUUUUGAUGUAUAACAAAAUAUUACAGAAUAUUUGAAAUGUGUAUUCUGUUCAUACUAAAUUUUGUGCGGUUGGUUCUCUCCUUCCAUCUCUAUGUGGGCUCAGGGUUAGGCUUGCAUAGCUUUCACCCACUGAGCUAUCUCAGAAGGAGUAUUUGGUUUGAGUUUUGGAGGAACCUAUUUGUUUUCAAAUAAAGUUUUUGAGAAGCCUUUUCUUGGCUGAUGAGAAAAAAGAGUGAAUGUUCUAACCAGUGAGUCCUUGAGUUCAAACCUGAUACUGAAGUUCUGAGGGAGAGAAAGCUUGCUCUUUAGUUUGAAGAUGAAGUUUAUUUGAAGCUUAAAGAUUACUUAAAGCUUAAAGUUGACCUUGAAGGUAGGAGGUAAUGAAAUUCAGAUUGCUGGUUUACUUUGUGCUAUGUUCCAGCAGGAAGAUGGUUUGGAGAAGCUGCCAAGUAGCAUUGCCAUACAUAAAUGUGGGUGCUGUAUGUGGGCCAAGGGCAGCGGCAUUUCUGAUACACUUGUUUGCAACUAGCUUCUCUUAGUCCCACCGCUCUAGAUUGAAUGUGAUUUCGGUUUUGUUAUGUAAUUGUUUGCCCAGGCUGGGGCAUUGUUUCCUUAUUCAUAAAACGUAAUAAUAUUAUCUGCAGAAAGACUUCAGUAGCUGAUUCUGAGAAUAAAAUCCAGAACUAACUGCUUUGAUUCACCAGUGUUAGUUCCUUAGCCAAGUCAGUUUAGCUUGGAAAACUUGGUCAAGCACCUUGUAUUCUAUGCCCUGCUUUCCACGUCUUUUUUUUUUUUUUUUUUUUUUUAUUAACUUGAGUAUUUCUUAUAUACAUUUCGAGUGUUAUUCCCUUUCCUGGUUUCCGGGCAAACAUCCCCCUCCCCCCUCCCCUUUAUGGGUGUUCCCCUCCCAACCCUCCCCCCAUUGCCGCCCUCCCCCCCACAGUCUAGUUCACUGGGGGUUCAGUCUUAGCAGGACCCAGGGCUUCCCCUUCCACUGGUGCUCUUACUAGGAUAUUCAUUGCUACCUAUGAGGUCAGAGUCCAGGGUCAGUCCAUGUAUAGUCUUUAGGUAGUGGCUUAGUCCCUGGAAGCUCUGGUUGCUUGGCAUCCACGUCUUUAAAGUGGUAUAAUAAUAGCAUCUUUUAAGACAGUGGAAAUGAUGCAAGUUAAUAGACAUAAAGACAUUUCAGUGGUGUAUAGUAAACCCACUGUAACUGUAUGUUACUGUCACAUAGCUGGCUCUUAUUAUGGGGGCAAAGUAACAUUUUGUUGUUUUUUAAAUCACAAGACAAAACUUAUAUGUCGCCUGCCACAGUAAAAGUGUCUCUUAUACAAUAGAUACUUUAUUUCGCUUCAUCUCAUAUAGACUUCUUAGGAUGAAGUCUGAUACUGACUACCCCUAACAUACUUUCUGAUAUGCAGUCAUUAUGCCAGGUGCCUUGAAAUAUUUAUACCAAUAGAAAAACUACACUGUUGUGAUUAAUGAAUGAAGUUGAAGGCAUUACCAGAAAAUAGGAUAUAUACUGCAGUAUAUAGUAGAUGUUAAUUUUGUACUUACAGGCCUUUGCAAACAGAUUAUACGUUCAUAGGAAAGCAGUUUACUAUUUAAAAAGCCUGCAUUAAGAUAUUUCUUACACUCUUAAGUUAGGUCCGAUAGUUAGGUGUAUUAUAUAAUCCAUUUGCUUGUUGUCCCAAAUUCCUAACUUAGCAUUAUCAUGCCUCUGCAUCUUUAAUACAGCAGCUAAUCUCACCGUAAGACUUUACAAAGGAUAAACUGCUGUGUAACCACUUGGACCUCUUUUGUUCAAUCAGGUAUUUAAGUAGCUUUAAAAAUAUUCUUUUAGGAAAAUUGAGAUUUUAUAAUUUGUAAUAUUAAAAUAUGAGGUUUUUAAUCUAUUGAAAUUACUUGACAGAAGUUUGCUUGGAAAUAGAGCUUCUGUGUCUUUAAAGAAUACGGAAUGAGUCACCCCCUGCUCUUUUGGUAGAUGCCUGGCUGGUGAACAGCUAAGCUGCUUUAGGCAUGUAAUAGAACAUUCCAUUUCCUGUUCCCUUGCUGACACAGAGGAGUGUUCCUGCUGGCAAUGAUCUAAUCAUAGUGCAGUAAGAAACAUGGCAGUUUGAUAAAACAUGGUGGAGACAGCGGCUGAAAUGGAAGCAUAUGUGCUAGAAGACAUUCUUGAGGUGGAGUCUUUCAUUUUGGACCAGGAUGACUUGGAGAAUCCAAUGCUGGAAACAGCUUCCAAGUUGCUCCUCUCAGGCACCGCUGACGGUGCUGACCUCAGGACAGUAGAUCCAGAGACACAAGCUAGACUGGAGGCUUUGCUAGAAGCUGCAGGAAUAGGCAAGUUAUCCACGGCGGAUGGUAAAGCCUUCGCAGACCCUGAAGUGCUCCGGAGGUUAACAUCGUCUGUCAGUUGUGCGUUGGAUGAAGCUGCUGCUGCACUUACCCGGAUGAGAGCUGAGAGCACAGCAAAUGCAGGGCAGUCGGACAACCGCAGUUUGGCAGAAGCCUGUUCAGAAGGAGAUGUAAAUGCUGUGCGGAAAUUACUCAUUGAAGGCCGAAGUGUGAACGAGCACACUGAGGAAGGGGAGAGCCUCCUUUGUCUCGCUUGUUCUGCUGGAUACUAUGAGCUUGCACAGGUUUUAUUGGCAAUGCACGCAAAUGUGGAAGACAGGGGAAUCAAAGGUGACAUCACACCUUUAAUGGCUGCUGCUAAUGGAGGACACGUCAAAAUCGUGAAGUUGCUGCUAGCUCAUAAAGCUGAUGUCAAUGCACAGUCUUCAACAGGCAACACAGCCCUUACCUAUGCUUGUGCUGGAGGCUAUGUAGAUGUUGUAAAGGUGCUCUUGGAAUCCGGUGCUAGUAUCGAGGACCAUAAUGAGAAUGGUCACACACCUCUUAUGGAAGCUGGAAGUGCUGGGCAUGUGGAAGUAGCCAGAUUGCUGCUAGAAAAUGGAGCUGGCAUCAAUACGCAUUCCAAUGAAUUUAAAGAGAGCGCCCUUACGUUAGCUUGUUAUAAAGGACAUCUAGAGAUGGUGCGAUUUCUUUUGGAAGCAGGCGCUGAUCAAGAGCAUAAGACAGAUGAAAUGCACACUGCUCUAAUGGAGGCUUGCAUGGAUGGCCAUGUUGAAGUGGCUAGGUUGCUUCUGGACAGCGGUGCUCAAGUGAACAUGCCAGCUGAUUCAUUUGAGUCGCCACUGACUUUGGCUGCAUGUGGAGGGCAUGUGGAACUUGCAGCCUUACUUAUUGAAAGAGGAGCUAGCCUGGAAGAGGUCAAUGAUGAAGGUUAUACUCCUUUGAUGGAGGCAGCUCGUGAAGGGCAUGAAGAAAUGGUGGCAUUGCUUCUAGGCCAAGGAGCAAAUAUCAAUGCACAGACAGAAGAAACUCAAGAAACUGCCUUGACCCUGGCUUGCUGUGGAGGCUUUCUGGAAGUGGCGGACUUUCUGAUUAAGGCUGGAGCUGAUAUAGAGCUAGGGUGUUCCACGCCCUUGAUGGAAGCUGCUCAGGAGGGUCACUUGGAGUUAGUUAAAUACUUACUAGCUGCAGGAGCUAAUGUUCAUGCAACGACAGCGACGGGGGACACAGCUUUAACAUACGCCUGUGAAAAUGGCCACACAGAUGUAGCAGACGUCCUACUCCAGGCAGGUGCAGAUCUGGAACAUGAAUCAGAAGGUGGGAGAACUCCUUUAAUGAAAGCUGCAAGAGCUGGUCAUGUUUGCACAGUUCAGUUCUUAAUUAGCAAAGGAGCAAACGUGAACCGAACCACGGCUAAUAACGACCACACUGUGCUGUCGCUGGCGUGUGCGGGCGGUCACUUGGCAGUGGUGGAGCUACUUCUGGCACAUGGGGCGGACCCUACUCACCGUUUAAAAGAUGGCUCAACCAUGUUGAUAGAAGCAGCGAAAGGUGGCCACACAAGUGUUGUUUGCUAUCUUUUAGACUAUCCUAAUAAUCUACUUGCAGCCCCUCCACCAGACGUCACUCAGCUAACUCCCCCAUCCCACGAUUUAAAUAGGGCACCUCGAGUACCAGUUCAAGCACUGCCCAUGGUUGUCCCACCUCAGGAGCCUGACAAGCCACCUGCCAACGUUGCUGCUACUCUUCCCGUUAGGAAUAAAGCUGCUUCUAAACAAAAGUCCAACAGCCAUUUGCCAGCAAACAGCCAGGAUGUACAGGGUUACAUCACCAAUCAGUCUCCAGAGAGCAUUGUAGAAGAGGCUCAGGGAAAGUUAACAGAACUGGAACAGAGGAUAAAAGAAGCCAUAGAAAAAAAUGCACAGCUGCAGUCCUUGGAGCUGGCUCAUGCCGACCAACUCACCAAGGAGAAGAUCGAGGAGCUGAACAAAACGAGGGAGGAACAAAUUCAGAAGAAACAAAAGAUUCUGGAGGAACUGCAGAAAGUAGAGCGAGAGCUACAACUGAAAACUCAGCAGCAGCUUAAAAAACAGUAUCUAGAAGUUAAAGCCCAGCGGAUUCAGCUGCAGCAGCAGCAGCAGCAGCAGCAGCAGCAGCAGCAGCAGCAGCAGCAGCAGCAGCAGCAACAGCAACAGCAGCAGCAGCAGCAGCAGCAGCAGUCUUGCCAGCAUCUGGGACUCCUUACUUCUGUUGGGGUUGGAGAGCCGCUUCCUGAGGGAGACUAUGCACGGUUACAGCAAGUGGAUCCUGUUUUGCUUAAAGAUGAGCCCCAGCAGACUGCUGCUCAGAUGGGUUUUGCACCAAUCCAGCCUCUGGCGAUGCCUCAAGCUUUGCCUCUGGCAGCGGGUCCCUUGCCUCCAGGGUCCAUCGCAAAUCUUACAGAACUUCAAGGAGUGAUAGUUGGACAGCCAGUACUGGGCCAAGCACAGUUGGCAGGGCUGGGGCAAGGAAUUCUCACUGAAACACAACAAGGGUUAAUGGUAGCCAGCCCUGCUCAGACCCUCAAUGACACGCUGGAUGACAUCAUGGCAGCAGUCAGUGGAAGAGCAUCUGCAAUGUCAAACACUCCUACCCACAGUAUCGCUGCUUCUGUUUCCCAGCCUCAGACUCCAACUCCAAGUCCCAUCAUCUCUCCUUCAGCCAUGCUACCUAUCUACCCUGCCAUUGACAUUGAUGCACAGACGGAGAGUAACCAUGAUACCGCACUGACACUUGCCUGUGCAGGUGGCCAUGAGGAACUGGUGCAGACACUGCUAGAAAGAGGAGCCAGUAUUGAGCACCGGGACAAGAAAGGUUUUACUCCGCUCAUCUUGGCUGCUACAGCUGGUCAUGUUGGUGUUGUAGAGAUAUUGCUGGACAAUGGUGCAGACAUUGAAGCCCAAUCAGAAAGAACCAAGGACACACCACUGUCCUUGGCUUGUUCUGGGGGCAGACAGGAGGUAGUGGAGUUGUUGUUAGCUCGCGGUGCAAAUAAAGAACACAGGAAUGUUUCUGAUUACACACCUCUAAGCCUGGCUGCUUCGGGUGGCUAUGUGAACAUCAUCAAAAUACUGCUAAAUGCAGGAGCUGAGAUCAAUUCAAGAACUGGCAGCAAAUUGGGCAUUUCUCCACUGAUGUUGGCAGCUAUGAAUGGGCAUACAGCUGCAGUCAAGCUCCUUUUAGACAUGGGCUCUGACAUAAAUGCUCAGAUAGAAACCAACCGGAACACUGCCCUUACCUUAGCCUGCUUCCAAGGAAGGACUGAAGUGGUUAGUCUUCUGCUUGAUCGAAAAGCAAAUGUUGAACACAGGGCUAAGACUGGCCUCACACCAUUGAUGGAAGCGGCCUCUGGUGGAUAUGCAGAGGUGGGCCGAGUUCUUUUGGAUAAAGGUGCUGAUGUGAAUGCCCCUCCAGUGCCCUCCUCAAGAGACACAGCUCUAACCAUAGCCGCAGAUAAAGGGCAUUAUAAAUUCUGUGAACUUCUCAUUGGCAGGGGAGCUCAUAUUGAUGUGCGUAACAAAAAGGGGAACACUCCGUUAUGGCUAGCAGCAAAUGGUGGACACCUAGAUGUGGUUCAGCUCCUGGUGCAAGCAGGUGCAGAUGUAGACGCAGCAGAUAACCGCAAGAUAACUCCGCUCAUGGCUGCAUUUAGAAAGGGUCAUGUGAAGGUGGUACGCUACUUAGUCAAAGAGGUCAAUCAGUUUCCAUCAGAUUCUGAAUGCAUGAGGUAUAUAGCAACCAUCACUGACAAGGAGAUGCUGAAGAAGUGUCAUCUUUGUAUGGAAUCAAUAGUACAAGCCAAAGACAGGCAGGCUGCUGAAGCAAAUAAGAAUGCCAGCAUACUGCUGGAGGAGCUAGACCUGGAGAAGUUAAGGGAAGAAAGUCGAAGGCUGGCUUUGGCUGCCAAAAGAGAAAAGCGAAAAGAGAAAAGAAGGAAAAAAAAGGAAGAGCAAAGAAGGAAAUUAGAGGAAAUUGAAGCCAAAAAUAAGGAGAACUUUGAACUCCAAGCUGCUCAAGAAAAAGAAAAACAUAAAGUUGAAGAAGAACCUGAAGUCUUGACAGAGCCUCCAAGUGCCACUACCACCACUACCAUAGGAAUAUCUGCUACAUGGACUACUUUGGCAGGUUCCCAUGGUAAACGAAAUAAUACCAUAACUACAACCAGCUCAAAGAGGAAAAACAGGAAAAAUAAAAUUACUCCAGAAAAUGUUCAAAUUAUAUUUGAUGAUCCACUACCAAUUUCAUACAGUCAGCCAGAGAAGGCGAGUGGAGAAUCCAAGAGCAGCAGCACCAGCGAGAGUGGGGACAGUGACAACAUGAGGAUUUCCAGCUGCAGUGAUGAGAGCAGCAACAGCAACAGCAGCAGAAAGAGUGACAAUCAUUCGCCGGCUGUGGCCACAGCCACUGUGGCCAGCAAGAAGCAGCCGUCUGUUCUUGUUACGUUUCCAAAAGAGGAGAGAAAAUCCGUUUCGGGCAAGGCUUCUAUAAAAUUGUCAGAGACUGUCAAUGAAGGGACCAGUAAUUCUCUGUCAACUUGUACAAAAUCUGGUCCGUCUCCUCUUUCCUCUCCAAAUGGGAAGUUAACAGUAGCAAGUCCUAAGCGUGGGCCAAAGAGGGAAGAAGGAUGGAAGGAAGUCGUGAGGCGGUCAAAAAAGGUAUCGGUUCCAUCAACUGUGAUAUCCAGAGUGAUUGGAAGAGGGGGCUGUAAUAUCAAUGCUAUUCGGGAAUUUACUGGUGCACACAUAGACAUUGACAAGCAGAAGGACAAGACUGGAGACCGCAUAAUAACUAUAAGGGGUGGCACUGAAUCAACAAGACAAGCAACUCAGUUGAUCAAUGCUUUGAUCAAGGAUCCAGACAAAGAAAUUGAUGAACUUAUUCCAAAGAAUCGUUUGAAAAGCUCCUCAGCAAAUUCCAAAAUAGGGUCAUCGGCACCUACCACCACUGCUGCUAAUAGUUCCUUGAUGGGAAUCAAAAUGACAAGUGUAGCUCUGUCAUCAACAUCCCAGACUGCCACAGCACUCACCGUUCCUGCAGUCUCUUCUGCAUCCACUCACAAAACCAUUAAGAACCCCGUGAACAACGUGAGGCCUGGCUUUCCAGUGUCUCUGCCAUUAGCGUAUCCUCCUCCACAGUUUGCACACGCUUUGCUUGCUGCUCAGACUUUCCAGCAGAUCCGUCCACCACGGUUGCCCAUGACCCACUUUGGAGGUACUUUUCCACCAGCUCAGUCCACUUGGGGUCCUUUUCCUGUCAGGCCUUUGAGCCCUGCCAGAGCUACUAACUCGCCUAAGCCUCACAUGGUGCCUCGCCAUAGCAAUCAGAAUAGCAGUGGUUCUCAGGUGAAUUCAGCAGGUUCUUUAACUUCAAGCCCAACAACUACAACCAGUUCAUCAGCUUCAGCGGUGCCUGGUACAACUUCAAAUGGCAGUCCAAGUUCUCCUUCAGUCAGAAGGCAGCUUUUUGUCACAGUUGUGAAGACAUCCAAUGCCACAACCACAACAGUCACAACUACAGCAAGCAACAACAGCACCGCACCCACAAACGCCACAUAUCCUAUGCCUACUGCCAAAGAACACUAUCCAGUGUCAUCCCCAUCUUCCCCAUCACCACCAGCCCAGCCAGGAGGGGUUUCUAGAAAUAGCCCUUUGGAUUGUGGAUCAGCAUCCCCAAAUAAAGGGGCAUCUUCUUCCGAACAGGAAGCAAGUAGUCCGCCAGUAGUAGAAACUACAAACAGUAGACCCUCACACAGCAGCACUUCUUCUGGGAGCUCAUCAGGUCAUUCCACUCAGCAGCAGCCUCCGGGAUCUGUUCCUCAGGAGCCAAGACCCCCUCUUCAGCAGUCUCAGGUUCCUUCCCCGGAUGUGAGAAUGACUGUUCCUCCUACAGCUACAAGUUCUGCUCCAGUGGUGGUGCCUUCUACUGCGCCUAUGACGUACCCUAUGCCUCAGACACAAAUGGGAUGCUCCCAGCCUCCUAAAAUGGAAACCCCUGCUAUUAGACCACCCUCUCAUGGCACAACUGCCCCUCACAAGAAUUCAGCUCCAGUGCAGAAUUCAUCUGUUGCAGUCCUCAAUGUCAAUCACAUUAAAAGACCUCAUAGUGUUCCCUCCUCUGUCCAGCUACCUUCGACCUUAAGUACACAAAGUGCUUGUCAGAAUUCAGUACAUCCAGCAAAUAAGCCUGUUGCUCCCAAUUUCAGUGCCCCAUUACCAUUUGGGCCCUUUAGCACAUUGUUUGAAAACAACCCUACUAAUGCUCAUGCCUUCUGGGGAGGACCUGUUGUUUCAUCUCAGUCAACACCAGAAUCUAUGCUGUCAGGAAAAUCCUCGUAUUUGCCAAAUUCAGAUCCUUUACAUCAGUCUGAUACUUCCAAAGCACCAGGUUUUAGGCCACCAUUACAGAGACCUGCUCCGAGUCCCUCAGGUAUUGUCAACAUGGACACACCGUAUGGUUCUGUAACACCUUCUUCUACACAUUUGGGAAACUUUGCCUCAAGUCUUUCAGGAGGUCAGAUGUAUGGGCCUGGAGCACCCCUUGGAGGAGCACCCAUUGGAGGAGCACCCCUUGGAGGAGCGCCUGCUGCUGCCAACUUUAACAGACAGCAUUUUUCCCCACUUAGUUUGUUGACUCCAUGUUCAUCAGCAUCAAAUGAGUCUCCAGCACAGUCAGUGUCCUCUGGAGUUCGUGCACCAUCUCCUGCCCCAUCCUCAGUACCUUUAGGGUCUGAAAAGCCCAGCAGUGUCUCUCAGGACAGGAAAGUUCCAGUCCCAAUUGGGACUGAGCGUUCUGCACGGAUCAGGCAAACUGGAACUUCAGCUCCAUCUGUUAUUGGGAGUAAUUUGUCUACAUCAGUAGGACAUAGUGGCAUCUGGUCCUUUGAAGGGAUUGGUGGCAAUCAAGACAAAGUGGACUGGUGUAACCCUGGGAUGGGAAAUCCCAUGAUUCACAGGCCAAUGUCUGACCCAGGAGUGUUUUCACAGCAUCAAGCAAUGGAGCGAGAUAGUACAGGAAUUGUAACUCCUUCUGGUACAUUCCAUCAGCAUGUUCCUGCAGGAUACAUGGACUUUCCUAAACUUGGGAGUAUGCCUUUUUCUGUAUAUGGGAAUGCAAUGCUUCCUCCGGUAGCACCUAUCCCUGAUGGUGCUGGAGGACCCAUAUUUAAUGGCCCUCACUCUGCAGACCCUUCUUGGAAUUCACUGAUAAAGAUGGUUUCAAGUUCCACAGAAAACAAUGGUCCUCAAACGGUGUGGACCGGACCCUGGGCACCUCAUAUGAACAGUGUGCACAUGAACCAGCUUGGCUGAUGAGGACAAACCUGUCAGCCUGCAGAUUCCUUUCAUUCAGAGGAAGUCACAAGUGGCCGAGAAACAUUUUUAUGCUCCCAAAUCAUUCUACUGAUGUGCUUGACUGAAGUGUGUAGGCUUUUUGCAGAAGAACUUACUAACUGACCUAUUUUCUGUGAACAUUUGUGACAGCCAAUUCUCCAUUAUCAUCCGUUUUUACCUUAGUUAGCAUUUUUUCUUAUUUUUCUUCUUUCUUUCCCUCCUCUCCUUUGGACAUGACUUUCUGUUGAAGCUGUUCUUUGGCUGGUUGGUUUUAGUACUGUAAACUGCUUCUGAGCAAACACGGAAAUUUAGCAAAAUUAUGUAAACUUGAUCCUGAAGUUUUAGAAUGGCAAAUAAAUGUACAAUUGUUUACAUAACAGAAAAGGCUAAGCAGAAAGUAAAUUUCAGUCUGUCAGUCUAGAGGCUCUACUUCAUGUAGACUUAAACUCAUGUGAGAUAUGUACUUCAUACUCAGAAACCUGGAUGUCUCCUUCAUACAUUAAACUAUUAAUAAGCACCACUUUUCUACUUGUAUAAUUUCAGCAUAGGUGACCUGAUGGGCAUUAUCAGUGGAUGUCCCUACGUUAGCUCUGCAGCACCCAGCGUACUCCCUAGUGGGUUUGUUUGUAGCAAGGCAGAUAGAAGAAAUUUCUGGCUUUUCCAUGUCUUUAUUCAAUUGGUCACACUUUUCAAACUCACGCACACAUAUCUCUUCAGUGUGGACUUUCUUUGCCACGAUGACUCCGUAGUUAGACUCUCGUGCACAGUAGUAUAAAGCCUUUCCUGUAGUGGCUGCUGCACUGAUGUGAAGCAUCUUCAGUGGCACCAGUGGUCUCUUCUAACCGGAAAACUUCAGACUUUUGAGCAACUUAAAAGCCACCACAGUUCUCAGUCAGCAUAUAUUGUUUAUUUUUAAAGAUUUCAGCAUAUUUUAUAUUGGAUACUAUUGAUUCUUAUUAACAUUGGCUCUUCCUGGUCAGCGAGAGUCAACAUGCAGUUUUCCCGUUUCCAGCAUCUAUGUCUUAGUUUGAAAGGCUCCUUGCUCUCUGCUACUUGUUGGUAGAAGUGAAAAGGAUGAACAGCUAACUUGGGCCAACUCAGAAAGGAGUGUUUGGGUUUGUUUUUAAAAUGAUUUAUGGUCAAUCCAUGAAUACACAGAUUAUAAAUUAAAAUCUCCAUUUAACCUGUUUAUAUGUGAUUCAGGGCCACACUAAACUACUCAGUGGGAAUUAUAUAUUCCAUCCACUUGAAACAAUAAACAAUAAUGUAUACAAGAA